AUGGCACAUUCUGAAUCUGUUUUGACAAUGAAAAAGUUACAUGGAAAAGUUGCCAUUGUCACAGGUGGUGCAAGUGGCAUUGGAGAGGCCACUGCACGUCUUUUUGCCGAACAUGGUGCACGGGCAGUUGUGAUUGCUGAUAUACACGAUGAGAAAGGACAAGCCGUGGCUGAAUCCAUUGGUUCACAACGGUGCAGUUAUGUGCACUGCGAUGUUAGUAAUGAAGAACAAGUGAAGUCCACAGUUGAUUGGACGGUGCAAAAAUAUGGCCAACUUGAUAUCAUGUUUAGCAAUGCAGGAGCAAUUGGAAAAUCUGAUUAUGCAAUACUUGACCUUGAUUUAUCACAGCUGGAUCACUUGAUUCAGGUUAAUGCACGUGGCAAUGCUGCAUGCGUGAAGCAUGCAGCACGCGCGAUGGUCGAACAAAAGGUCCGGGGUAGCAUCGUGUGCACUGCUAGUGUGGUGGUCAGUAAUUGGAAGGGAGGCGAUAUGACCGACUAUACCAUGUCGAAGUAUGCUGUAGUUGGUCUAGUUCGAUCAGCUAGCCAGCAACUUGGUGUGCAUGGCAUAAGGGUGAACAGCGUGUCACCUUCUGCUAUAUCAACCCCACUAUCAAACUCGUCCGGCUUGACUAGCGAUCUAGUUGAAAAAUUAUUUGUGCCAUUUACUAGCUUGAAGGGGAUUAUGCUGACAGUUGAACAUAUAGCAGAUGCUGUACUAUUCCUCGCCUCCGAGGACUCAGCAUUUAUCACCGGACAUGACUUGGUGGUGGAUGGUGGUUUGAUCAGUCUUCCCCACCUAUAA